CUGGACCUGAACCUGAACCUGGACCUGGACCUGGACCUGGACCUGGACCUGGACCUGGACCUGGACCUGAACCUGGACCUGGACCUGAACCCAGACCACUGGACCCACAUCCACAUGUAGUGGGUUGGUGGAUUUUCAGUCUGCUCCUCCAAACGUUGGCUUCUGCGUUCAUCUGUGUUUGCAGAGUUUGUGUUUGGGUUAAAGCAGCGUCGGCAGACAGGCUGUCGUUCGUUCUGCUCCUGUUGGUGUUCAAGGGUUAAAGUUCAUGUGGUGUGAGUUUAUCCUGGAGAAAUGUGAGAGAACCAGUCGGACAGUUAAAGGCAUUUAAACAGCCGCAGGAUCAUGUUAUGGGCGUGGACAUCAGUAUGAUGUGGUUGUUGUUGUUGUUGUUGUUGUUGUUGUUGUUGUUGUUGUUGUUGUUGUUGUUGUUGUUGUGAAGGUGGAGCUUCUGCCAUGGAUCAAUAUGAAGGUGUAGCCCCCCCAUCGAAAAGCCCCCUGAGUGGAGAACCUGAGUCCAGACCUCUGAGGUCACAGACGAAGGUCAGAUCAUGGUCUACUGGAUCUGAACCCAGACCCAGACCUGAACCCCAGUGUGUGUCCAUGAGGAGCCAUCAGUCCAAGUCCCUCAGUCCCACAUUCACCAGACGCUUUGGUGAAGUCACAUUCUGUUUGGAUGAUUUAGAUGUGAAACAUGGUCAGGAUCAGAAGGAUCAGCAUCACAGAGACCUGGACGGCAUUUUGAAGCUGCUUGAACCAGUUGUGGUCAGUUUUGUCAAAAAUGAGCUGGAGAGAUUCCAGACAGUUCUAAAAACAGAUGACCGAGAAUUCUCAUGGGAUCCAGGAGAAAAUGAGGAGCAGAGGAGGAGCAGAGAGGCUUUUCUGAAGUUCACCGUUCACUUCAUGAGGAUGAUGAAGCAGAAGGAGUUGGCUGAGCUUCUCAUGAUGAAGAUGCUCAGUCCUGCGUGCCGAUAUAAGCUGAAGUGUAACCUGGUGAAGAAGUAUGAGUGUGUGUCUGAGGGAGUCACAAAAGCAGGAAACCAAACCUUCCUGAAGCAGAUCUACACAGAGCUCUGCAUCACAGAGGGAGGGGCUACAGAGGUCAUCCACGAACAUGAGGUCACACAUAUCGAAGCAACAUCUAUGAAAUAUACAAAACCAGAAAUAUCCUUCAAAUGUGAAGACAUCUUUAAAACACCACCUAACAGAGAUCAGCCAAUCAGAACGGUGCUGACAAAGGGCGUGGCCGGCAUCGGGAAAACAGUGUCCACACAGAAGUUCAGUCUGGACUGGGCUGAAGACAAAGCCAACCAGGACAUCCACUUCAUAUUUCCAUUCACCUUCAGAGAGCUGAAUGUGCUGAAACAGAAGAAGUUCAGCUUGGUGGAACUGGUUCAGCACUUCUUCACUGAAACCACAGAAGCAGGAAUCUGGAUCUUUGAGGACCUCCACGUGGUGUUCAUCUUAGACGGUCUGGAUGAGUGUCGACCUCCUCUGGACUUCAACAACACUCAGAUCCUGACUGAUGUAACAGAGUCCAGCUCAGUGGAUGUGCUGCUGAUGAACCUCAUCAGGGGGAACCUGCUUCCCUCUGCUCGCCUCUGGAUAACCACACGACCUGCAGCAGCCAAUCAGAUCCCUGCUCAGUGGGUGGACAUGGUGACAGAGGUCAGAGGGUUCACUGACCCACAGAAGGAGGAGUACUUCAGGAAGAGGUUCAGAAAUAAAAAACAGACCAACACAAUCAUCUCCCACAUCCAGAGGUCCCAAAGCGUCCACAUCAUGUGUCACAUCCCAGUCUUCUGCUGGAUCACUGCUACAGUUCUAGAGAAUGUGUUGAAGACCACAGACAGAAGACAACUGCCCAAGACCCUGACUGAGAUGUACAUCCACUUCCUGGUGGUUCAGGCCAAACUGACGAAUGUCAAGUAUGAUGGAAGAUCUGAGACAGAUCCACCCUGGAGUCCAGAGACCAGGAAGAUGAUUGAGUCUCUGGGAAAACUGGCCUUUGAGCAGCUGAAGAAAGGAAACCUGAUCUUCUAUGAAUCCGACCUGACAGAGUGUGGCAUCGAUAUCAGCUCAGCCUCAGUGUACUCAGGAGUGUUCACACAGGUCUUUAUAGAGGAGAGAGGACUGUACCAGGACAAGAUGUUCUGCUUCGUCCAUCUGAGUGUCCAGGAGUUUCUGGCUGCUCUUCAUGUCCAUCAGACCUUCACCAACACAGGAGUCAAUCUGCUGUCAGAAGAACAAACCACAUCCUGGCCACCAGUCGUCAUUAGAAAGGAGACCAAACUCUCACACUUCUACCAGACCGCUGUGGACAAGGCCUUCAAGAGUCCCAGUGGACACCUUGACUUGUUCCUCCGCUUUCUUCUGGGUCUUUCACUUCAGACCAAUCAGAAUCUUUUGCAAGGCUUGCUGAUUCAGAGAAGGAACAAAUCAAAAACCAACCAAAAGACAGCAAAGUAUGUGAAGCAGAUCAUCAGGGACAACUCCUCUGAGAGAAGCAUUAAUCUGUUCCACUGUUUGAAUGAGCUAAAAGAUCAUUCUCUGGAAGAAGAAAUCCAACAGUACCUGAGAUCAGGAAGUCUCUCCACAGAUGAACUGUCUCCUGCUCAGUGGUCAGCUCUGGCCUUCAUCUUACUGUCAUCAGAAAAAGACCUGGAACUGUUUGACCUGAAGAAAUACUCAGCUUCAGAGGAGGCUCUUCUGAAGCUGGUGCCAGUGAUCAAAGCCUCCAACAAAACUGUACUGUCAGGAUGUCUGAUCACAGAGGAAGGCUGUGCUUCUUUGGCUGAUGCUCUGAGUUCCAAUCCAACCCAUCUCAGAGAACUUGACCUGAGCUACAACCAUCCAGGAGAAUCAGGAAUAAGGUUACUGUCUUCUGGCCUGGAAAACCCACAGUGGACACUGGACACUUUCAACUUCAACAAUUGUGGAAAGCUGCGGCUGAAACCUGGUGUAAGGAAGUUUGCCGUCGAACUCACUUUGGACACAAACACAGCGUACAGGAAACUCCGACUGUCCCACAACAACAGGAAGGUGGUCUCACAGCGACAGUAUCAGCCAUAUUCGGACCAUCCCGACAGGUUCGACUGCUUCCCUCAGCUGCUGUGUUCCACCGCUCUGACCGGUCGCUGUUACUGGGAGGUGGAGUGGGAAGGAGCCGUUCAUAUCGCCGUGACCUACCGAGGAAUCCAAAGGAAGGGGAACGGGGCCGACUGCAGGUUUGGGAUGAACGACCGCUUGUGGAGCCUGAGCUGCUCUAGCGGUGGUUACUCGGCCUGGCACAACAACAGAGUCACGUGUGUUCCGUCGUCCCUGCCGGCGUCCAACCGGGUGGCGGUCUACGUGGACUGUCCUGCAGGAUCUGUGUCCUUCUACAGAGUCUCCUCUUAUGAAGUGGUCCACCUCUACACCUUCAACACCACCUUCACAGAGCCGCUGUACGCUGGGUUUGGGAUCGGCUUUGGGUUCGGUAUGGGCUUGUCCGGGUCUCUGCUUCUAUGUGAGCUCUAAGAGGUGAAAGAAGGGCGUUUCACACAUACAUUCACCCAAUGCUCAUGUUUCUGUUGUGUGAUGAGAACUUCUGCUUGACAUACCUGUGGAAUAAUGGUGUAAAACCCCAGAAAGAUUAGGUGAAUCAGUAUGCGAACAAUGUCGUUAAGAGAUCGUAAGAUGUUUCCACCAUUCACAGUUUUUCCUUCAUCUGUGAAUUCCAACCAACUCCUGUGUAUCUUAAAUAAGACGUGGUUGAUGUGGCUUUACUCACUCUACUGUCCAUCCAUCCAUCCAUCCUGUCAUGUCUGCUCCCAGACUGUGUCUGUCUUUUCUGUUUUGUCUGUCAUUUCCUGUUUUAUUUUGUUAAGUUUCCCUCUUGUGUCAUGUCUGGUGUCUUUAC